UGGCAGAACUUAGAUACAUACUUUAGCCAGUGGUUGAACGAGGCAGGAUGAUUCUGUUCUGCAUAUUUAGUUUGUUAUUUGAAAUGUGUUGUGGCUGUGGUGAACCUUUGGACUUGGUUUUCCUGGUUGAUGGAUCAAGCCUUGUGUCACCAUCAGACUUUAUACAAGAGAAGGCAUUUUUGUCAUCACAAACGAUGGAAUAUUUUAUUUCACCAGACAGAGUUCGGAUCGGAGUUCUGCUAUUCUCAGAUGGAGUAUGGGAAACCGUAGAUUUCAAAGUAUCCGUAAAUAAUGGAGACUAUAUACAUAAAAUAUCAGACAUGGCACAACCAUUUGGUGACCUGCUUAUAAACAAUGCGUUAAAAUCAGUGAAGGAACUAUUCCGAAAGGAAGGGAGACCAGAUGCAAAACGUGCAGUUGUACUAAUUACAUCCGGGCGUUCUAGAAUAUUGUGGCAAUCCUUCCGUGAGGCUCGACAGCUUCGACAGGAACAAAUAGCACUGUUUGCCAUCGGUGUUGGCAGGGGGGUCUCACGGAGUGAACUGAUUGGCAUCACGAGUGACAGUAACAACAUUUUACAAGUCGACACGUUUAAUUCUUUGUUUUCCCUGUCAGCUAAAUUACACGAGUUAAUUUGUCCAGGUUUUCAAGCUGGUUCUAUUAAACCAACAUCGUAUGAAUCCAUAUUUUUAUUUAAACCUUACGUUGAAUUAUCCAUUAUUGGUAACAAUGGCAAUAAAGGGAUAUCCAAUGUGCUACCUCAGCGGUCUGGCCUCAUAGACAAUCAGUUUUAUAAGGGAAACAGUGCUGAAAAAUCCAAAAGCAGUAUACUUAACACGAGGAACACAAGUAAAUCCAAAUCAGAAAGUAGAAUCAGUGCAAAUUCUAACCGCAAGAAGAAAAUAUUGGCUGGUGAGAGGAAAAAUAGAACAGGAAGGAAUAGAUCCGAAAUAAAGACAAAGACCAAGAAAAUUGAAAAGCCCGCCAAAAUGAAGACACAAUCCUUUAUUCAUUUACCAGUACUAGUAAAUAAGAAAGACGGGGACGAGAAAAAAAAUAAUAGAGUAUUCAAGAAAAAUUCAGCAGGAAGAAAGAGAGAUAUUAAAAGCAAUAAAUCCGAUAAUACAAUAGGCCAGAAGGAAUCUAAGCUAAAAAGUUCCAAGAAAUCAUACUGGAGAGCUAAGUCUGUUAAUGACAUAUUUGCAACAUCAAGUGACAGUAAAACAAAUACGUGGAACAAUUUGUUUAAUAUGAACGGAAUUACUUUCCCAAAAAUUAAAGACAAUACGAAAGGACACGAAAAGACAAAAUCUUCAGACCAUUUUAAAGUUGGAUACAAAUAUGAAACAAACGAUUUUACAGAAGGCUUACUCAAAAAUACAGUAUCAACACCAUCAGCAUAUCAAACAAAUACCAAAUCACUUAACAACGAACCAUUGCUUGGUAUAAGGAAGCAAACAAUAUGGGAUUCAAUUGUUGAUAGUGUAGAACCAUUAACAAAAGGUCAAAACAAUUCGAUUAAAAAAUUUGUAAACAUUAAUGAAGUCGAAACCCAGAAAGUAUUUGGUGAUCAUACAAAUAAUUUUGUCGUAGAUACGAAAGAAGAGGCUUCUCCGGUAAAAUCUUCCAAGACAAUAGAUUUGGACCAAGUCGUGAUAGGAAAUUCUGAUAAUGACAAAGAAAUCCAAUACAUCUUACAUAUAAGAGAAAAUGGAAAUAUUGAAAUGGUUCCGGAUUUGAAGUCAAACGUAAAAGACGACGAUACAUACCGAUCAUCGCCGAGUGUACAUAAUGAUAUAUCUACUAAAAAGGAACAAGGACUUUUGGCAAAAAAUAAAACGUCUUCAUCAGAAAAAAGUGAAACUGUAUCAAAAGUGAAUGAAAAUGAAUCGCUGAAAAAUAAAAGUGCAAAAGUGGUGCCCGUUAGUAAUAAAAUUAUUGAACAAACGGAAAGUGAAAUUCAAAAAGAAGCAAAGAGGAUAAUGUAUAAAAUCCGCAAAGAUGAAGUGAAAGAGCCAAAGAAGUCAACAUUUGCCAUGUUGAAACACAAAAUAUCUAAUCAGAAACCUGGAAAAUCAAAUAUGUCACAAACACCGAAAUUGAAAAAGAAAAUCUCCAGAAAAGCAAACAAGUUUCUCAAAGAGGUUGAUUUUAGGAAAAAUUUAAAAGGUCAUACACUUACUGAGCCCACAAAAAAGACCCCCUUAACAUUGGCACCAAAUUCUAUUACUUAUAGUUCAAGAUCAAAUGCAAAUAAAGCUCCGAUAGUCGUUUCAUCAACUGUCAGUCCAACAACCGCAAUGCGGGAUAUAACAAGCGCACCAAGCCGGCAGAAAAAAAUGCAAAAAUCUGUCAAAUCACCAAAAGGAAGACUAAUUGAGAUGAACCAUAAACAAAACUCUCCUUUAAGUAAUCAUGGAUUCUUUGGAUUUUCUAAGGAUCUAAGACAACAGGUCGCCUCGCUGUUAGAUUUUGUAAUGUUAGAACACGAUCGAAUGAUAAAGAGAAAAAAACAGAAGAAGAAACCUAAAAAAAAGAAACAGAAAAAGCGUGAUCGCAUCGUUCCAACUCCAUCAGUAGAAUGGCGAAAUAUCAAGACACUUAUGCAAUCUAUAAGUAAGGAAUCAAACAUUAAUGAUAAGACUCAUAACCAGCAAUCAAUCAAAAAUGAUGAUGCUCCUGAGAGAUGGAAUUAUAGGCGUCAAACCAGAUUUCGUCCUGGCAAUGAAGUACGAAGAAAAUUUCUCGCAGAGUCAAACACCGUCGAUAACACGGACACAACAAUGGUAUCAGAAAAUGAACACUGCAAGCUGCUGCCUUUUAAAAAAGACUCCAGCUUUUACAUAGAGACAACAGAAAAUAGAACAGUAGUGAGACCUUGUCCUACAGGAACUGCGUUCGAUAUCCGGUCAUGCGCAUGUACAACAAUGACAACUGUACGGGGACAUACUGACUGCCAGCCAGAAUUAUUGAUGGAUUUCGACACAGACCUAAGGGACAAAUCUGGAAAAAAUAUUCAUGUUGGUUCUCACCAUGUGGCCCUGAACAAUGGUUCGGCGGAUUUCAAUGGCAACAGUGAUUUAACAAUAUGGCGGUUUACUGGUUCACAUAUCGGACAACACCUCAUGAUCAAAGCUCGUUUCAAGACUAGGAAACACCCGGAAGUUAGACAGUAUGUUGUUAGUAACUGCCUAGAAGGCACUGUUAUUUCGUAUGGCAUUGAAAUAGAUAGAUUUGAAGAGGUUGUUAUAUUUGUAUUGGAUACGGAGCCACGUGACAGAAAAGAAAUUAAGAUACCUUUCAAGCUUGACCAAUGGACAAAUGUCAGUUUGAUCUAUGAUGGACUUCAAUUUACUGGUGUUGUGAACAACCGAAGAAAGUCGAUCCCCUCAGCAGGUAAUGUGGAAACAAGAUCGAGUCCUCUAAGAGUUGGUGGGUGCGGUGGAAAGAAACAUGGAUUUUCGGGUUUAAUCGAUGAGGUAUCAUUGUCAUUUUGUAUCCCUAGACAGAAUAACCGGCGCGUAUUUGGCCGUAUGAGUUCAUGAGGUGAUAAAAGACCAAUAUUUUCAAUAUCGAUGUUCAUUUCCAUGGUCUGAAUGUCAUCAAUAUCAUUAAUAGUACUCCGACAAAUAACUGGAAAUAUAUCGACAACAACAACAAAAUUUGAAAAUUUUGAAAUGUUAUACUUUGACCUAGAUUUGCUGCAUUACGGUAACAUUUGGACAUCGUGGUGCAAAUCUUCAGAUUCUUUCUACAUACCAUUAAUUAUCCAUGUCUAUGCAUAUGGAAGAACAGUAACAUAAGUUUCGUAAAAAAUAAACAUUUACAGAUCUAAGUGUUUAUGACAGAAAGCUUAAAAUUGACAUCUUAUACCAUGUGCAUCGCUCAACGGGGACAAUUGUUAACUCAUGGCAGUUAAGUAUCAUUUGUAAUCAAGCACAGCUUCUAUCAUAACCCACACGCGUUCAGUCCUAUUUGUGUAUUUUUUUUUUUAUAUUUGAAUGUUGUUAUUUUGUGCGAAUAAAUAUGAUAUUAAACUGAAAAAAAGUAA